GAGCGCUAGCUCGGCGCCCUACUAGUCACUUCCAGCCGCUUCAGACCCGCCGCUAGUGGCUGUUAUCGCCGCCGGGCCGCGCCCAGCUGAGAACAAACAGCCAUGUCGUCUCCUGUUUCCUCUAAAGAAGAUACAAUGCCUACUGAACAAGCUGAUGAGAGAGAGCCUGAAACUGAGAACAAAGCUGAGGAAAGUGAGGAAGAGGAGGAGGAGGAAGAAAAAGAAAAAAGUCUUAUUGUUGAGGGAAAAAGAGAGAAGAAGAAAGUGGACAGACUGACCAUGCAGGUAUCCUCGUUACAAAGGGAACCUUUUACAAUUACACCAGGAAAGGGACAAAAACUUUGUGAAAUUGAAAGGAUACAGUUCUUUUUGAGUAAGAAGAAAACUGAUGAACUCAGAAAUCUACACAAACUCCUUUACAACAGGCCAGGCACAGUUGCCUCACUAAAGAAGAAUGUGGGUCAGUUCAGCGGUUUUCCAUUUGAAAAAGGAAGUGACCAGUAUAAAAAGAAGGAAGAAAUGCUAAAAAAGUUCAGGAAUGCAAUGUUGAAAAGUAUCUGUGAGGUUCUUGAUUUGGAGAGGUCAGGAGUUAAUAGUGAGCUGGUAACCAGAAUCUUAAACUUUUUAAUGCAUCCAAAGCCUUCGGGCAAGCCAUUGCCAAAGUCCAAGAAAACACCCAGCAAAGGUAGCAAAAAAGAACGCAGUAGUUCUGGAACAGCACGAAAAGCCAAAAACACUAAAGGUCCUGAAAUCUUGUCAGAUGAGUCUAGUAGUGAGGAGGAUGAAAAGAAAGAAAAGGAUGAAUCGUCUGAAGAAAAAGAGAGUGAAGAGGAGGUAAAUACGCCACCUAAGAAGGCAUCUAAAAAGGAAAAAUCUAAACAGAAAACACCUUCUAAAACAAAGAAAGCAGUGAAGAGUGCUAAUGUCAAGAAGGCAGAUAGCAGCACUACUAAAAAGAAUCAGAACAGUUCCAGGAAAGAAAGCGAGUCUGAUGAUAGUUCAGAUGAUGAACCUUUAAUUAAAAAGCUGAAGAAACCACCUACAGAUGAUGAGCUUAAGGAAACUGUCAAGAAAUUGUUGGCAAAUGCAAAUUUAGAGGAAGUUACAAUGAAGCAGAUUUGCAAGGAGGUAUAUGAAAGCUAUCCCAGUUAUGAUUUAUCCGACCGGAAAGAGUUCAUCAAAAAAACAGUCAAAGAGCUGAUAUCAUGAUCUAGACUGACUGUGGGAAAUGAAGACUGCUGAUUUCUGUCCCAUGGAUUUGAAGAUCUGAUAGGCACCAGCAAAAAGAAUGUUUCUUGCCCUUUGUGGUAUUGUUUAUUCAGAGCUGAUUCUGCUGACCUAUUAUCCAGUGUUAAUGUAAAUUGCUUUGUGUACCUUUUUAAAAAAUUGCAUUUGAUGCAGUUUUAGUUAACCAUACUUAAGUUUUUUGCAUGGCAAUAAAUUUUCCCUUUUAUAGUUUUGUACAUUUCAAAUUGCUUUGUACAAGUAGAUUAACUAGGACCAUCGUAGCUUUUAGUGUGCUUUAAUAGCUUACUUGCAGGAUACUUUUUUAAUCAAGUAGGUUGAAAGUUGUUCAAGAGUCUGCACCUGUACAUGCAGAGAUUGUCUGAAAUAAUGCAGUAUUAGUUUCACAACACUUUUGAAUACGUAUCCAUUUAAAAAAUAUCAGGAAUGAAAGUCACAGGCUAGUGUGUCUUAUAUUCUGGUUUGCGUAUUCAUAAGUCUGGAAUUACUUUGAAUCUAGAUUCUUGUCUUGCAUGUGUAUGCACUGUGAGAACUGUCAAAGCAUGAUAACUAAUUGGCAUAUAGAUGUUAUUUUUGUACUUUUAAAAGGAUUUCUGUUAUGUAUAUAAAGUUAUUACAGAUUUCUUUUGUUCAAAUCAUUUUUAAUCUAGUUAUUUCUUGGAGGAUUCAUGACAUAAAAUGUCAGUGUUCAGCAGUGAGGCAAUGAUAAAGAAAGACUGCAAAAUAGCUGAAGUUUUACUGUCUGUCCCAUCUUACCGUGUAAGGGAAAUUUAACUGCAGUUUUAUAGUUAUACUUCUCAGUGUUUAACUGUAUGUAAAGGCUACAGCUUCACUUAUUCUAACAGCUUGACCAAGCAAAUAAAACUUAACGAAGGCUAUAUGGAAGAAUAUAACUUGGACUUCGUAAAUAUUUCUAUUGGUCCUAGAGUCCAGUAUUUUUAGAAAACGGGUAACUGAAGUAAUGGACACACGACAGGUUGAAUAAGACUGAAAAACUCGCAUAGUGAAGGCCUCAUUUUGGGACAGCAUUUAAACAUGUAGGCAGGUGUUAUGCUGUAUAGGACUGCUUUUUUGGAACAUAAGCUUAGGUGCCUACACACGGGCAUGGUAGUUUAAAUGUUAGAGCCCUGUUUCUAAGUUUUGGUUGCCAGCAUGGCUUGUUCAAAGUGAUUUCUUCAUCCAAGUUUUGUGUCCUUCCCUGCACCAUCAAACACCUUACUGUUAUGAUAGAAAGUCCACAUGCUCGUGUAAUUAUGGUGUAAAAUACUAACAGAUUCCAAACAAAAAAUGUGUUGCCAUUGAUAUUGUAAUCAGCAAGCCCCUCAAUGACUACUGUUGCUCAAAAAAAGUGAGCAUAUUUUAAAAAUUUUAGUGUUGUAUACUUGAAAAAUCAAGGAUCGUAGAUAAUCUGAGGUCUGAAAGUAUUCAGCCAAAUAGCUAAUUAAUCUUUACACACUUUUUUUAUAAUUUCUGUGCAUGUAAUCCUUUAUAAGAAGGCUGAAUGUAACAAAGUUUUGUAUUUCAAUAAAUGUCUUUCAGAAAAAUGUAAA